AUAGGGGCUUUGGCGGCUGCUUAUAUAGCGAGUGAAAACUAGAGGGAAGCGCAGCCGGUAAGUGUCGUUCUCGGGACAUGAGAGGUCUACAAGCGUAACAGUGCUCGCGGGGGUGGUGGCAGCCUCCCUCGGGUCGCCCCUGGCAGGAUGGACGCCCGAUUCUCCGGUCAACGCAGACGAACUCGGACCUUUCAAUGGCAGCGACAUGGAAGGACCGCUGCCACCAUUUAAGAACGGGCUGGUGGAUGAGAAGUACCGCUGGGCCGGAUGCUACGGUCAUUUAUGAGAUUGCUGGAGACUUCACGGCUGAUGACCUGACCACCAUCCAGACGGCCAUGGACUACUUCUACGACCGAACUAGUGGCUGCAUCAAGUUCAAGGAACGCACCAAUGAAGACGACUAUGUCAGGAUCACCAGCGAUGACUCCGGCUGCCACAGCAGCGUAGGGCGGAAGGGCGGCCGCCAGAGCAUGAAUCUGGAGAGCCCGAACUGCCUGAAGAGGAUCGGGACGGUGGAGCACGAGAUGCUGCACACGCUGGGCUUCCACCACGAGCAGUCCCGCUUCGACCGCGAUGAUUACGUCACCAUCAUGUGGGAGAACAUCAGCAGCGGCCAUGAGCACAACUUCGCGACGUACCCCGAGGACGUGGCCACAGGGUUUGGGGAACCGUACGACUAUGGCUCCGUCUUGCAUUACUCCAGGAAGUCCUUUUCCGCUAAUGGCGAAGACACCAUCGUCCCGGCGGACCCGAACGCUGAGAUCGGCCAGCGUGAAGCCCGAGCGAUAUCGACGUGGCCAAGCUCAUGAAAAUGUACAAGUGUGGAGAGAAAAAGUAAAAACCAAAUGCAACGACUGUAA